ACGGGAGCUUCUUCUACUGGUGCGCUGCGGCUGGCUGCAUAACGGCGGAGACCUCCUCGUCAGCAGCAUCGUCUUCGGCAGUCUGGUCGCAUAUGCACACACAUAAUUACACACAUCUCAUCUUCGCGCGGCCCGCGAGCCAUUUGCCAGGCUUUUUUCGCCCUCUGAUAUGUAUUAAUAACAUAAUAUACACAUUCAUUAUUUAGUUGGACCAUUUAGUUAAUGGUCAGUCAGUCGAUCGCUGUCUGCCGAAAGGAUAGCAACUCAAGUUCGGGGAAAAGGAAAUCUAAACCGCGCGCCACUAAUCGGAUAGUGCGACCGGGACUGUUCUAAACCGUUUCCUACUUUUUCUCCUGGAGGAGAAAGUUUGCAGUAAGGAGAAGGAUUUUCUGUUGGAGAAGUUCUGAGGAUUCUAAGGAUUAUAGUGCGGAAGAGAUUUGUUUCAGUGCCAUUGUCUUUUGGGAAGAUUGUGAAUUAGUGCCUUUCGAAGAUUUGUGAAUAAAGGAUCAAGUGAUUUUCAUCAGAAUAUUUUUCGUACAUAAAGUGCUCCAACUGGAUUGGGAAAAAUAAUUCCACAAGAAAAGCCGAGAUUUAUUCCAAAAAACCAACGAAAAUAGUGCAAAAAGAAAUCGAAUAAUCGAAGCGAAGCAAAAAGAUUAAAUCGAAAAUUACCAACCAGAAAAUAAGAAAGGAGUUGCCGUUUCUAAUCGACGCCGAAUUCAUCGUAAAUUGAAAAUUACUAUCAUCCUGGAGGCUAAUGCCAGAGUGUGUAGUGGAAACGCGAUCGAAGCAAUAAAGAAAAACAACCUACAUGAGUGUAAUUUGUCUCUAAAACCUGUGCUCUGGUCUGGUACCGGGUGAAGUGAACGAGAAGUGGAUUGCGGAUCGCCCAAUUUUGUGCAAGGAAGGAUAUUCGUUCGCUUGAAGCUGUGUGGAAGAAGUUCGAGAAUUGCCCGGAGGCUCGAAGUGAAUUGAAAAUUGGUGAUUUGGAUAUCGUUGACAAUCGAAAGGAUCCGUGCAGAGACUCCGUUGUGCAGAAUUGGCGGCUGUGCUGAUACGAUUCAACUUUGGCGGUGCUAUAAGAUAAUGCUGGCUCAGUGAGUUGGCGCUGAUUGUCGGCACCGAAGAGGGCAACGACGACGCCGGGCGCAUCGACGAGUCCUGAUCGAUUCGAUUAACGCUGCUGCGUGAGCCCAUUACGGAUCGCAUAACAGGCAAAUGCUUUUAUGAUAUAGAGCAACGUCGUGCAGGCCACACUACUGGUGACCAACCUCCUCUCCCUAGCCCUCGUAACCGAGUUUUAUGGACGCUUUCGAUAGACGACGAUAGCACCUUUAGCAGCAGUCAAUAUGAGAUAUUUACAAAUAGCAGUAUUUAUUGUAGUUUACCACAUUAGUUUAUCCCAAUCAAGGCGGUUUGGCAGUGAAUUGUACCCCCCGAAGAGCUACAUUAUUCCAGGCGGAGAUGAUUCGCCGGAUGACCAAUGGGGACCGUGGAGUUCCCCGUCGAAAUGUUCACGCAACUGUGGUGGCGGUGUGGCCUACCAGACGCGAGAGUGUCUCAAUACGAGUCUUCUAGAAGAUGGUCGGUCGCAGUGCCAGGGAGGCAACCGAAAGUACUUUUCUUGCAACAUACAGGACUGUCCGAAAGGUAAACUGGACUUGCGAAAACGGCAAUGUUCCAAGUUUGACAGUGUGCCUUUCGAGAAUCGCACGUACCAGUGGGUGCCAUACACGGAUGCUCCAAACCCUUGCGAGCUAAACUGUAUGCCCAUUGGAGAGCGAUUCUAUUACCGUCACAAAGCAAAGGUUACCGAUGGUACCCGGUGUAAUGACGAUUCCUUCGAUGUCUGCGUCGACGGAACUUGUCAAGCAGUUGGAUGUGACAUGAUGCUCGGAUCCAACGCCAAGGAAGACAAAUGCCGAAUCUGCCGGGGAGAUGGAAGUGGGUGCAAGACUGUCACAGGUCUUUUGGACGCCAAUAACCUCCACGUUGGCUACAACGACCUCCUGUUGAUCCCAGCGGGAGCUACCAACAUCGCAAUCAGCGAACGAGGCCCGUCCAACAACUAUAUAGCUAUUCGAAACCACACAGGUUACUACCAUCUAAACGGCAACCACCGCAUCGACUUCCCACGAGCAAUUCACUUCGCCGGAAGCGAUUGGCAUUACGAACGAAGACCGCAAGGCUUUGCUGCUCCCGAUAAGCUAACCUGCUUGGGACCCACCAGCGAAUCCGUGUACUUGGUCCUACUAUUCCAAGAUCACAACGUUGGGGUAAACUACGAAUACAGUGUACCUUUCCAGUCCGCUCCGGUUGAUAAACCAGACACCUACUCUUGGACCUACACACCAUACGAACCGUGCAAUGCAAGCUGUGGCGGUGGAGUUCAACGCAGAAACGUGACCUGCAACAGUCGAACUACGCUGAAACAAGUCGAGGAACGUUUGUGCGACGCAGCGGCUCGAUUAGCCGAUAUGCGGAAGUGUGCACUGGAAUCAUGUUCACCGCAAUGGGUGGAAGGUCAGUGGACUAACUGUUCCAUGCCAUGCGGCAGCGAAGGCAAACAAACUCGGGAUGUGCACUGCAAACAAGGUGCUGCAGACAAAGUUGAAGAUACCGUCUGUCUAGAGCAAGUAGGAAACAAGCCAGCUACAGAGAUGGAAUGUAACCGAGGAAUUGUUUGCCCAGAGUGGUACGACAGCCAGUGGGCUCCUUGCAAUAGAAUAUGCGGUGAAGGUGAGCAAACGCGCAAAGUGACCUGUUAUCGAAAAGAAAAAGGAAGCAUUACGAUUCUGGACGAUUCGGAAUGUGUUACCGAGAAACCGAAAGAGAGGCAAACCUGUAUGCUACAAUCUUGCGAAGACUUCGACAUUGCUUCGUCCUGGAGUGAGUUCGGCUUCCGCCGGCACAAACGACAGUAUGGAAGUAAUCUGUACCUCCCGGAGAGCUACAUAAUUCCAGGCGGCGAUGACUCGCCGGAUGACCAAUGGGGACCGUGGAGUUCCCCGUCGGAGUGUUCGCGCAGCUGUGGUGGUGGUGUGGCCCACCAGACUCGAGAGUGUCUCAACACGAGUCCAGAUGGUCAGCCGCUGUGCCGAGGAGGCAGCAAAAAGUACUUCUCCUGCAACAUACAGGACUGUCCGGAUGGUGAACUGGACUUCCGAAAACAACAAUGUUCCGAGUUCAACGAUGUGCCUUUCGAGAACCACCGGUACCAGUGGGUGCCAUACACGAAAGCUCCAAAUCCUUGCGAGCUAAACUGCAUGCCCAUUGGAGAGCGAUUCUACUACCGUCACAAAGCGAAGGUAACCGAUGGUACGCGGUGUAAUGAUGAUUCCUUCGAUGUCUGCGUCGACGGAACUUGUCAAGCAGUUGGAUGUGACAUGAUGCUCGGGUCCAACGCCAAAGAAGACAAAUGCCGAACCUGCCAGGGAGAUGGAAGUGGGUGCAAAACUGUCACGGGGCUUUUGGACGCCAACAACCUCCAGGUUGGCUACAACGACCUCCUGUUGAUCCCAGCGGGAGCUACCAACAUCGCAAUCAGCGAACGAGGCCCGUCCAACAACUACCUAGCUAUUCGAAACCUUACAGGUUUCUACCACCUUAACGGCAACUACCGUAUCGACUUCCCACGAGCAAUCCACUUCGCCGGAAGCGAUUGGCAUUACGAACGAAGACCACAAGGCUUCGCUGCUCCCGAUAAGCUGACCUGCUUGGGACCCACCAGUGAAUCCGUAUAUUUGGUCCUACUAUCUCAAGAUCGCAACGUCGGAGUAAACUACGAAUACAGUGUACCGUCCCAGUCCGCUCCGGUCGAUGAACCGGACACCUACUCUUGGACCUACACGCCCUACGAACCGUGCUCCGUAAGCUGUGGCGGUGGUGUUCAACAUAGGAAAGUGACCUGCAACAGUCGAACGAUUCUGAAACAAGUCGAGGAAGGUUUGUGCGACGCAGCGGCUCGGCCAGCCGAAUCUCAGAAGUGUGCACUCGAAUCUUGUCCACCACAAUGGGUGGAAGGCCAGUGGAGCAACUGUUCCAUGCCAUGCGGCAGCGAAGGCAAACAAACUCGGGAUGUGCACUGCGAACAAGUUACUCCUGAAGGAGUUGCGGAAAAAGUUGAAGACGCCGUCUGUCUAGAGCACGUAGGUAACAAGCCAGCUACAGAGCAGGAAUGCAACCGAGGAACCGUUUGUCCGGAGUGGUACGUCAGCAAGUGGACUCCUUGCAACAAACUAUGCGGUGAAGGUGAGCAAACGCGUAAAGUGACCUGCUAUCGAAAGGAGAAAGGACGCAUCACGGUUCUGGACGAUUCGGAAUGUGUUACCGAGAAACCGGAAGAAAAGCAAACCUGUAUGCUACGACCUUGCGAAGGCGUCGACUACAUAGCUUCGUCCUGGAGUGGGUGCGAAGAGUGCGGAUCAACGAUGGAAACACGGACCGUGUACUGCGCAUCCAAGUCGGGAACGGUGUACGACAACAAGUUCUGCGCGAACCGUGAAAUGCCAGAGCUGAAACGGGAGUGCAAGUCGACCCCUUGCGAGUACCAAUGGUUCACGUCUCAGUGGAACAAGUGUUCGGCGGUGUGCGGCAAGGGUGUACAAACGCGAACCGUUGUGUGCGGAGUAUUCGACGGUCAGUCGUUGAAGCGAGCGGAUGAUGACUACAAGUGCGAUGCGUCGUUGCGACCCGAGAGCGAGCGGGAAUGCGAUGGACCGGCGGAAUGUCCUGGACAGUGGUUUACUGGGCCGUGGACGGAGUGCUCUAAGGCAUGUGGAGGAGGAUUUAUGUCUAGAAAGGUAUUAUGUAUAGCUAAUGGAAGUGUAGUGGCUGAGACUAACUGCAAGGUGGACACCAUUGAGUUGAGCACAGAAUCGUGCAACAGCGAAGACUGCACAGAUGACGAAAUCAUUCCAGUUGAUGCGACCAGUAAGCCAUUGGAGCAGGAUGAUUAUGAUGACGAAGAGUGGUGCGAAGAUGAGGACGAAGAUGCAACCGAAUCACCGGAUGGAGUUCUGAUGGUUACUGAUGACAGUACGCUUGUUGACGGUGUUGAUUUGGAAUCCUCACAGGUUACCACGGAGUCUUCAUUGGAGACUGAUGAAAUGAUGCUGAGCGAUGCAACUGGGUUUGAAACCGGAGCAACUGACGCUGAUACAUCGACAGACGUUUCUACAAUUGAAGGAUCUGGAUUUGACUUUGACGUUGACGUACGCGUGGGAGAGGGCUCAGGUGACGAUGAAGAAGUAACUACGGAAGCAGUCGACGCCUCUAGCGAUGCCUCAAGUGAUGCGGAAACAAUCGCUUCUUCAGAUAGUGUGUCAGAUGGUUCAACAUUAGAAUCGCUGUCAUCUCUAAAGGAUACCUCAGCAACUAGUACGGAGUCUUCAAGUAAGGAUGUCUCUGGCACAACUGUUGCAUCUUCUGAAACAUCGGGUUCAACUGAAGGUGCUACCGAAAGCAGUAGUAUGGGAUCCUCUACUGAAGGUGUUUCAGCAACCGGUUCAGCAGAUACAACAACCGAAGGCGCUUCUGCCAGCAGUCCAUCCGGUACAACUACCGAAAGUUCUAGUCCAUCCAGUUCAUCCGAAACUACAGAUUCUAGUUCAACAACUGAAUCUUCUUCAUCAACUGAAACAUCUGACGCUUCAUCAGACGCAUCUACUACGGAAGCAUCAUCAGGAACUACUGCCGGAUCAAGUGUUGCAUCAUCUGAAGGUACCACAGGAGAAUCGUCUACCGAAACGUCAACUGACUUAUCAACGGAUGACGAAGUUAUCGAAGAUUUCUCAACUGAGAGCUCCACAGUUGCCGCGGAAAGUAGCACCGAUGCAUCUGAUGGCACCGACUCGUCUGACGUUACUGAUUCAACAGGAGCCUCUAGCUCAACCCUACAAGGAUCAAGUACAGAAUCAUCCGAUGCAACUACAGAUACGGAAGAAACCCAAUCAACUGGACCAACAGAAUCCACCGUUACCGAGGAAACCGUUUCAACGCAAGAGCCAUCCAGCACUGAAGCAGUAUCAACGGUAUCUUCGGUCAGCGAUGCAUCCGAAUCAAGUGAAGCUUCUACUGAAAGUUCAACGGACGUUAGCGAUGCGUCGACAGACUCGAGCACCGAUGUUGAGAGCAGCACUUUCGACAUUUGGGUUCGCGGAGUUGAUGGCGAUGAGGAUGAAAGUAGCACACCGUACACACUUACUUCAAUUAUUUCGAAGGAGCAGAAACCAAGGAAAUGUAAGCCAAGGCCGGCAACGCCACUUUGUGCGAAGUCCAAAUUUGGAUGUUGUCCAGAUGAUAAAACCAAAGCAACGGGACCAUUCGAUGAGGGCUGUCCAGUGCCGGAAACUUGCAAGGAGACCAAACAUGGAUGUUGUCCGGAUGGUGUAUCACCGGCAAAGGGUUCCAAAAAUAGGGGCUGUCCGAAAUCAGAAUGCGCUGAGAGUCUGUUUGGAUGCUGCCCAGACAAGGUCACUCCAUCUGAGGGCAACGACUUUGAGGGAUGCCCAGUGGAGACCACUACGGUGGCUGGAUGUGUUAUUAGCAAACAUGGUUGUUGUGCUGAUGGAGUUACCGAAGCCAAGGGACCUAAUUAUAAGGGAUGUCCAGGAGUUAAGGAACCCGAAGAAGAGAAGCCCUUGGAACAGCUUACGGAAGUACCUGUGGCUGCUGGAUGCGCAGAAUCGACUUACGGAUGUUGUCCGGAUAAUGUUACGGCGGCAACCGGACCGAAUGAGGAGGGAUGUGCUUCAUGCGCCAAGGAACCGUUUGGAUGCUGUCCGGAUGGAAAAACGCCAGCUCAUGGUUGGAAUAGGGAAGGAUGCUGUUUGGAGACGCCGUACGGAUGCUGCCCAGAUAACAUCAACCCUGCGCGAGGCCCAAGCUUGGAAGGUUGCGGAUGUGAAUAUUCACCGUACGGAUGCUGUCCAGAUAAUAAGACGUCGGCUAGAGGACAUGACAACGUGGGUUGCGGUUGCCAGUAUGCUGAAUUCGGUUGUUGUCCGGAUAAGGAAACUGAUGCUGAGGGUCCUGACUUUGCCGGGUGUCCAUGUCACGCGUUCCAAUUCGGAUGCUGUCCGGAUGGAGUAACCGCCGCCAAGGGACCACAUAACCAUGGAUGUCAUUGCUCGUACAGUGAGUUCAAGUGUUGCUCGGAUGGACAAACACCUGCCCAGGGACCUAACUUUGAGGGUUGCACAUGCGCAACCAGCAAAUAUGGAUGUUGUCCGGACGGAGUCAACGAAGCCCAAGGAAGCAAAUUUGAAGGUUGUGAACUCGUUCCCGAAUCGCCACAGAAGGCAUGCGUACUCAAGAAGGACAUGGGAACGUGUCAUAACUACACCGUCAAGUACUUCUUCGACGUGGAAUACGGUGGUUGCGGACGAUUCUGGUACGGAGGAUGUGACGGAAACAAGAAUCGAUUCGACACGGCCGAAGACUGCAAAAAUGUUUGCGAGAUGCCCGAAGGAAAGGACCGAUGCCAUUUGCCGAAGAUUACCGGACCGUGCACUGGGUAUUACCCGAUGUGGUAUUACGAUACGGACCGGAAUACGUGCGCUCAGUUCACGUACGGCGGAUGCUUGGGCAAUGCCAACCGGUUCGAGACGCUCGAAGAAUGCAAGGGCACCUGCGUUGUGGAUGAUUCGAUGCCACCUUGCGAUCAACCAAUGGAAGCUGGACCGUGCAAUGGAACGUUUGCACGUUGGUACUACGAAAAGGAACGCGACGCUUGCGAACCAUUCCUGUAUGGAGGCUGCAAGGGCAACAAGAACAACUACCCAACGGAGAGUUCCUGCAACUACCAUUGCAAGAAACCUGGAGUUCACAAGCCGAGCUGCACAUUGCCAAUGGAGGCUGGCAGUUGUGAUGGCAAGCUGGCCCGUUGGCAUUUUGCCAGGGACGAUAAUAAAUGCAUGCCCUUCUACUACACCGGUUGUGGUGGCAAUCAUAACCAGUUUAUCUCGCUGGACCAGUGCGAAGAGCAGUGUCCACCGAAGGUCGAGAAAGACGUAUGCUUCCUGCCGGCCGAAAUUGGCGAAUGUCAGAACUACACUGCCCACUGGUACUUCGAUACGAAAGAGUCCCGUUGCCGACAGUUCUACUACGGUGGAUGCGGCGGCAAUGGAAACAACUUUGCCGAUGAAGACGCUUGUGUCAACCGAUGUGUCCAGGGUGGCGAAAAAGCGCCUGAGCCUGUUCAACCAGAUCAACCCCCUCAUAGGGAACAUUUCGACAGCAGGCAAUGCUUCCUCGAGGUGGACUCCGGCGAUCGCAGCUGCCAGAACUACGAACGUCGGUACCACUAUGAUCGCAGUGCGGGAAUCUGUAUGGAAUUCACGUACACCGGAUGCGGAGGAAAUCAGAACAACUUCGAACGAUAUGACGAAUGCGAGAGUUCUUGCGGAAGUGUUGAAGAUGCUUGUACUCUGCGACCGUUCUACGGACGGUGCGACGAGAAUGAGACUCGGUGGUACUACGAUCAGCGCAGCCAACGGUGCCACACAUUCACGUUCAGUGGAUGUCAAGGCAAUGCCAAUAACUUCUACACAGAACAGGAUUGCGAACGGCAAUGUAGGACUGAACCGGCUCCAGCACCAGAACAGGAACGAGAACCGGAACGUCAGCCGGAGCGCCCAGCACAGCCGACCGCAAGUGUUUGCGACGAACCUUACGAAUACGGCACCGGCGAUAAUCCAGUUAUCGUACACGUUUACAACAAGGAACGAGCAUCGUGCGAACAGAAUUACUACAGCGGAGAAGGUGGUAAUGGGAACCGGUUCGACUCGCAGGAACAGUGCGAACGGCAAUGUGGAGAGUACCGAGGAGUCGAUGUAUGUCAAGACGCCAAGGAUUCCGGACCAUGCGGAGAAACCAUUCCGAGGUAUUACUACGAUACACGAACGCGGGCGUGCCAUCCGUUCAACUAUAGCGGCUGCGAAGGCAAUGGAAACCGAUUUGCAACGGCUCAAGAGUGCGAAUCGACCUGCGAGGACAAACAUGUUGAAAACGAAGUCGACCCUUGCGAGAGCUACAACGAAGAGUGCCGGCAGAUCCAUUGUCCGUACGGUAUUGCCCGGUCGUACGAUCCGACCAACGACUGUGAACGGUGCUCCUGCGAAGAACCUUGCGCCGCCGUGCGAUGCCCAGCCGGAACGGAAUGUGCCGUGGAUCUACAAAGUGACUAUCGGGACGGAGCCACGUUUGUGGCCAUAUGUCGACCAACUAGCAAGGAAGGCGAAUGUCCUCGGCUGGCUAAUGCAACGGUUUGCCAGGAUGCUUGCCGAACGGAUGCCGACUGUCGCAGCGAUAACAAGUGUUGUCAAGCUGGAUGCGCUACGGUAUGUGUCCCGCCUGUAGAACCGCCGGCACGUCCGGAGCCGUCCUAUCCCACUGGAGAACCUGCGGCUCCUGGAUUGGAAACAGUGCCCGAGGAAGAUUUGGACAUCAAAUCGGAAGAGGGAGGCGUUGCAACACUGCGGUGCUACGCCACCGGCUUCCCACCACCUUCGAUCCGUUGGAAGAAGGGAGAAGUUGUCCUGAAUACCAACCAAGGACGAUUCGUGCUGACUUCGAGCGGAGAUCUACAGAUUGUUCAGCUGCAUCGCACCGACAGUGGAACGUAUGUGUGCAUUGCCGACAAUGGCGUCGGAGAGCCAGUAUUCAGAGAAGUUAAACUCCAGGUCAACGACCCUGUCCCGAGGGAUGCAUACAUCGUGGGUGACAGCAACGCUACUGAGGUGGUGGAACUGAAUGAACCGGCGACGCUGCGCUGCCCGGCCGGUGGCUAUCCGAAACCGAUCGUAACCUGGUGGAGGGAAACCUUCAUGAUGCCAAUCAAGCUAAUCAAUCGUGACUACUCGCUUCAAUUCACCCGCGUGCGACUAUCCGACCUUGGUUCCUAUGUGUGUCAGGCUUACUCCGGCGCCGGUAAGGGUAUUUCCCGAACCGUUACGUUGAAGGCCUACGGUCCUGUCCACAUUCCCGAUCCGGUAGAUGAGAAAUAUCUCCGGUACAUUGUUCAUACCCGUCCUACUCACGCUCCUACCUACAGACCUGUGCCUCCUCAGUAUCCUCGCCCGACCCCACCGGUAGUCCACACGCCUCCUCCUCCGCCAGUGUAUGUCCCAGAUCCAGCGCCGGUAUCGGCCCGUCAGGAACUCCCGUACGGAACCCAGUUCGCCCCGAACAGUAACAUCACCAUCGGCUGCAAGGUCGAUGGCUACCCAAGGCCGACGGUGAAUUGGUUCAAGGAUGGCCGUAUCAUGGAACCCACCAACCGGGUCUUCAUCGCGGACGACCACACGCUGCACGUGUUCGGCGCCCUCCCGUCGGAUUCCGGCUCGUACAAAUGUCUCGCGCGGAACGAACACUCCGAAGCGUUCGAGGAGAACAACAUCCGGGUGGAAGGUGUCUACAUCCCGGCAGGCUGCACCGACAACCCAUUCCUGGCCAAGUGCUCCCUGAUCGUAGAGGCUCGCUUCUGCAACCACAAGUACUACGCGCGGUUCUGCUGUAAAUCUUGUACGCUAGCGGGACAGCUACGCCACUGAGACAAAGAGGACUCGGCGGCAACUGGAUGAGGAAUGGAAUUCGAAUCGAAUUUUGAUGUGCUGUGGCUGGCUGAAUGUGAGUGAUGUGUGAAUCUGCUGCUUUCAGUGUUUUCCGUUAGUUCUAGGUCUUCUAGCCCCUACCAAUCUAGGUUUAAAUAGCCCUCCACCGAGGGUAUUAAGAGUUGAAAUACGAACGAAUUUUCCAAAGUAGGUAAAUGAUUUAGUGCAGUGGUCACCAAACUGCGGCCCGCGGGCCGCAUGCGGCCCUCGACAAGGUUUUGUGCGGCCCGCGAACUGAUUUUGGAAUAUAUUGGAAAGUGGCCCACUCAAAGAUUCCAUAAUGAAAAUCAGAAAUUUCACCAUAAUUCAAAACUUUAAUGGGAAUGAAUAUCAACUACUGAUGAACUUUGCCAUUAUCCCGGAGAGUUUUUCAAAAGCUGUUAGAUUUUUGAAAGUUUUACGAACUGUAAAAGACUACUUUUUCGAAUUUUGUUCCAAAAAAAGGCUAAAUUUACAGGUUCUCUGUCAUGGAUUUCGGACUUGUGUUUUUUAAUUCCAAAUAUUCCAAAACAUGCAAAGGAAGUAUUGUCCAAACUUUUGGAAUUUCGCUGAAAACUCUUCUUCCCCUUACAAUAUUUUAGGGAAUUCCUCUUAAAUUAUCUAUUCUAAAUUGGAUACAAACACUUGCACACAUUGCUCAGGAAAGUAUGUCUGCAGGUUUAUUUUCAUUGGUAUCGUAAGAAAUUACGCAAGAUAAGUUUUCCAUCAUCAAGAAUUUCCAACAGUAUCUCAAGGCAGUUUUUCGGAAUUUCUUUCGAGAACCCUAGAAAUCAUUCAGAAAUUUAAUAAAAUCCACGAAAUGUCCCAAAAAAUUUUGGAACACGGUUUCAAGAUUUAAAAAAAGGGUUCAAUAUACUUUUCCGGAAAUGACUAAGCUGCAGUAAGAAAAUUCAUUCGAUAUUUUCUCAAAACUGGAUCCAGGGGACUUACAAGAAAUUUAUCUGUGUUCGUGUCUUAAACUUCUGCACUGUAAGUUUAUCCACAACAUUCUUAAAGAGGUCCAUAUUGUUCUAGCCAGCAUCGCUAUUGCUUAUUUUUCGUAUAACUAACAAAUAGCUAGUCUGAAAUAAUUUGCUCAAAAUUAUUAAUACUAAGAACUACAAAACCUAAAUAUUAAUGACAGUAUCCUGUUUUUAAUUUCCUACGAUUUUCAGAAUUUUUUUCUAGUGAAAUAAAACCUCCUGAUAACUACAGGUUGUUUGGUUCUUUGCUAAUGUUCAAUAAUUUCAAAAAAUCAAACAAACGAAUUUUGUAUUGAAUCUUGAUUUUAUUAAAAAUAAACUCUUUAAUGUCUUGCGGCCCGCAGUCGCUUUUCAAAAUUCAAUUUCGGCCCGCAAAGACAGUUAGGCUGAGGAUCACUGAUUUAGUGGAACCAUGUCGAGCAUAACUGUGCAACUUGUUUUCGCUUCGAAGAGUUUUAUUCUGUCCUAGCUACUAGGUUGAACCAAUCGCGAUCGUUUUACCACCUCCAUUACUCUCAUCGCUUCUAACUUAUGGUGCAGAGAGAAAACGCUAAAAACCAAAUUCAUUAGGAGUUACACUUUUUUCCUCCUCUUAGGCUAAAUCCUAGGUUUAAACGCGAAGCCGAACGAAACUUUCCAGUAAAUGCAUUUAACUGUCGUUUUGGCUUAUACUUUUAAAAUUCUCUGACCUCUUACUCGUUUUCACAUUCUUUUUUUGUUUCAUCUAAUAAUAGGGCUUCUUUUUUAAGAUCUGUUAAAAAUGCUCGCCUUAAUUUAAAAUAGAGCAAACCUUGUAAGUCGAACGAUGUGUACAUAUUUAUUGAUAUAGUGAAAAACAAAACUGGAAGUAUUCGAGAUCUGCCAUGAGCGAAUUAGUCGCUUCUGUUAAGCUAUAGGUAGAUAUUAUGCUGCUUCUCUGUACGUAAAUUAACUGGAACUAAUAAAUGCAAAUGAUGAAUAUA